AUGCCGAAACGAAAAGACAUUUCCCUGAAUGAGCGCCAGUUCAUAUUGAGUCUGCUGAAAGAUUCUCAGAGACUGGAUGGACGUGCCAUUGACCAGUUCCGAAAAGUGGAUCUAAAAUUUGGCGAUAGUCUGGGUCACGCAGAGGUUCAACUGGGUAAAACUCGUUUGGUCGUGCGAGUAUCCGCUGAAGUCAGUAAACCAUAUGAAGACCGUCCUUAUGAAGGUACAUUUAUAAUCACAACCGAUGUGUCUUCUAUGGCAUCUCCUCUGUUCGAAAACAACCGGUCAUCUGAUGAUGAGAUGCUCAUGACAAGACUUAUUGAAAAAGCUAUUCGAAGAUCCAAUGCUCUUGAUCUGGAAAGUUUAUGUAUUGUUGCUGGUAAAUCCUGCUGGAUGAUUCGUGCUGAUGUUCACUACUUGAGUUAUGACGGCGGUUUAGUAGAUGCUUCUUGUAUUGGAGUCAUUGCUGCACUGAUGCAUUUCCGACGUCCAGAUACCUCUAUCGAUGGAGAUCAAACCAUCAUCCACUCAGUUGAAGAAAGGGUCCCUGUGCCACUAUCUAUUUUGCAUGUCCCAAUCUGUGUCACGUUCUCGUUUUUCAAAGUCGACGAAGUACCAUCUUCUACAGAGAACCCUGUAGCCGCUAUUCCAGGAUCUGGUCAGUCUGCCAAUGGCGUACCAACUGCUGAUGACAGUGCAAUCCUGGUAAUCGAUGCCACUGCUCAAGAAGAAGCUCUCCGUCAUUCCGAGCUGACGAUUACCAUCAACAAAAACCGCGACAUUUGCCAGAUCGCCAAGCCUGGUGGAUACUCUGUUGAAGCGCUGACGAUUUUGGAAUGUGCCAACAAAGCAUACAAGAUUGCCACCAACAUCACUGACCUGAUCUACCGUCGUUUGAAAGAGGACGAAUCUAAGCGAAACGCUGGUAAUCUCGUGCCUCUCACUGCCGAGAACGAACGUUAG